AAUUGCUUUGCUUCUUUCGGAGAAUCACCAAUAAUCACUCCUACCCAUUUUUGAGUUCCUUUCUGGUGCACAGAGAUGAAGCUCGUGACUUCAAUCCUCAUCAACCUCUUCUUGGUACCGCAGCUCUUUUUGGGUCUUGUUCUGUCGCAGGACUUCGACUUCUUCUACUUCGUUCAGCAGUGGCCGGGAUCGUACUGUGACACUAAGAAGAGCUGCUGUUACCCGACCACGGGAAAGCCGCCAGCAGAUUUUGGGAUUCAUGGUCUCUGGCCUAAUUAUGAGAGUGGAUCUUAUCCUUCUAACUGUGAUCCCAACAGCCCCUUUGAUCCCUCAGAGAUAUCAGAUCUCACUAGUAGUAUGCAAAAGAAUUGGCCAACACUGGCUUGUCCGAGCAACGAUGGCACAAAUUUCUGGUCGCAUGAGUGGGAGAAACAUGGUACCUGCUCCGAAUCCGUCCUCAACCAGCACAACUACUUUGAGACAGCCCUCGGCCUUAAAAAGAGUAUAGGUCUGCUCAACGUUCUGAAAAAUGCAGGAAUAAACCCCAGUGGAUCGUCUUAUAGCCUGGAAAGCAUUAAGGAUGCUGUAAAAGAAGGGACAGGGUACACGCCAUGGAUUGAGUGCAACACCGAUUCGUCCGGCAACAGUCAGCUUUACCAGAUUUACAUGUGCGUGGACAAUUCAGGGUCCAACCUAAUUGAAUGUCCUGUUUUCCCCAAGGGGAAAUGUGGUUCCGAGAUUGAGUUCCCUUCCUUCUAGGAUAAUUCAAUUUUAGGACGAUUCAUGACAAAACUUCUCAGUUAUUUCGUAACUAUUCAGUUGUAUUCCGACUGAAGGUGAAGAAUCAUAUGAAAAGCUUCCAUUUAUUUCUUGUACCUUAGCCUUCCUCUUCCGUUCCAGGAAGUUGGAUUGCACCAAAGGGCCAGAGCCUAACACUGCUAUAUCCUAUGGAUGUUGUUUUAUGGACCUUUCUACUAUGGUAGCUUAAUUCAAUUAUAUGCUUACGGAA